UUUUAAAAGUGUCGGGUUGUUUAAAUUUCUUAAAAUUCCAUAACUUUUUGAGUGACGAAAAUCAUGAUGUCUGCCGCACAGAAGCGUCCGUCGGACGCGCUAGUUCCCGUUCCGCAGACCAAAAAGUCGCGUACGGAUCUGAUGGCCUACACGGCGAAAGACAAGCAGCUCUUGGAACAAAAUAAUGUGGACCGAACAUCCAACCUACUUGCCCCGAUCAUGCUGCUGGAGGGUCACGGAGGGGAAAUCUUUUCAACCGAGUUCCAUCCGGAGGGGCAACACCUCGUAUCGACCGGAUUCGAUCGCCAGAUCUUCCUUUGGAACGUUUACGGUGAAUGCGAAAAUGUUGGAAUGAUGACGGGCCACUCGGGGGCAGUGAUGGAGGUCCAUUUUUCGCCAGAUGGCGGUAAUUUGUACACAUGCAGUACGGAUAAAAUUGUAGCUGUAUGGGAUGUGCCCACCUGUUCCAGAAUUCGCAAACUGAAGGGACAUUCGCAUUUCGUAAACAGUUGCAGUGGAGCUCGACGAGGACCGACUUUGAUUGUGUCCGGAUCGGACGAUUCCACCAUCAAGAUUUGGGAUGCAAGAAAGAAAAAUGUUCUUCACACAUUCGACAAUGGCUAUCAAGUUACGACGGUUUGCUUCAACGAUACAGCUGAACAGAUUAUCUCUGGAGGGAUCGAUAAUGAGAUCAAAGUUUGGGACAUCCGUAAGAAGGACGUAAUCUAUCGCCUGAGAGGACAUACCGACACGAUUACGGGAUUGUCUCUGUCGCCGGAUGGAUCUUACGUGCUGAGUAAUUCUAUGGACAACACACUAAGAAUUUGGGAUGUUAGACCAUACGCACCGGCUGAAAGAUGUGUCAAGGUAUUCAACGGUCAUCAGCAUAACUUCGAGAAGAAUUUACUCCGCUGUGCCUGGUCCCCCGACGGAUCCAAAAUAAGCAGUGGUUCCGCAGAUCGAUUUGUCUACAUUUGGGACACGACUUCCAGAAGAAUCUUGUACAAACUACCCGGACACAAUGGAAGCAUUAACGAUGUAGAUUUUCACCCAACAGAACCGGUCAUCGUUUCAGGUUCAAGCGACAAAACUCUCUACCUGGGAGAAUUUGAAGGCUAGAAGUAUCAAAAAGAAAAUAAAACAAAUU